GAGGCAGCUGCAGUGGAGAAUCAUGUUAAGCUCGGCUACUGCGGAGAGCCCAAGGUAGCCCAAUGAUGGAUUUUGAUGAGCGUGGUCCCUGCUCCUCUAACAUGUAUUUGCCAAGUUGUACUUACUACGUCUCGGGUCCAGAUUUCUCCAGCCUCCCUUCUUUUCUGCCCCAGACCCCGUCUUCGCGCCCAGUGACAUACUCCUACUCUUCCAACCUGCCCCAGGUCCAACCCGUGCGCGAAGUGACCUUCAGAGAAUACGCCAUUGAGCCCGCCACUAAAUGGCACCCCCGCGGCAAUCUGGCCCACUGCUACUCCGCGGAGGAGCUCGUGCACAGAGACUGCCUGCAGGCGCCCAGCGCGGCCGGCGUGCCUGGCGACGUGCUGGCCAAGAGCUCGGCCAACGUCUACCACCACCCCACCCCCGCCGUCUCGUCCAAUUUCUAUAGCACCGUGGGCAGAAACGGCGUCCUGCCACAGGCUUUCGACCAGUUUUUCGAGACGGCCUACGGCACCCCGGAAAACCUCGCCUCCUCCGACUACCCCGGGGACAAGAGCGCCGAGAAGGGGCCCCCGGCGGCCGCGGCGACCUCCGCGGCGGCGGCGGCGGCGGCAGCGGCAGCGGCCACGGGCACGCCGGCAACUUCAAGUUCGGACAGCGGCGCCGGCGGCUGCCGGGAGGCGGCGGCGGCGGCUGCGGAGGAAAAGGAGCGGCGGCGGCGCCCCGAGAGCAGCAGCAGCCCCGAGUCGUCUUCCGGCCACACUGAGGACAAGGCCGGCGGCUCCAGUGGCCAAAGAACCCGAAAAAAGCGCUGCCCCUACACCAAAUACCAGAUCCGGGAGCUGGAGCGGGAGUUCUUCUUCAGUGUGUAUAUCAACAAAGAGAAGCGCCUGCAGCUGUCUCGCAUGCUCAACCUCACCGACCGUCAAGUCAAAAUCUGGUUUCAGAACAGGAGAAUGAAGGAAAAAAAAAUUAACAGAGACCGUUUACAGUACUACUCGGCCAACCCACUCCUCUAA